UUUUUUUUAUGAAGAUGGACAAAACAAUAUUUAUAAUGAAAACGGUCAAUUAACGUAUGAUCCUAUGGAAGAUGUCAUGUCAACUAUCGACGAUCCCAAUAUUGUUCUUGAAACUUUGGUUGAUCAUUCUUCUUAUAUGGAGAAUAAGCCAUUGGAAAAAACAACCAACUGAAAACAGAAAGUCAACUACUUCAAAGCCAGUGAAAGUUGUCUCAAAGAGGACAAAUGCAGGCUAUAGCAUUAAUCAGAGGACGACGUUCGUAUGAUCGAAUUACCUGUGGGACAGAGGUAUGCAGCUGUGGUCGGGAGAGAAUUAGGUGUCGAAGAGCGAGCUGCGCAGCGAUGGUGGAGAAGCUACGAAGAGACUGGCGAAGUGCUGAUCAAAAAAUCAGUCAGAAAUCCAGGACGCCCAAACAACUUUACAAAGGAACACAAAGCUCAUGUCUUGGACCUCGCUGAUGACGAUCCACAGGUUACUGUGUGUGAUGUAGCUGAAAGUUUGACUAAAUCUUUUGAAGGUUUUUCGCUUACAAAAUCAGCCAUCCAUAAGCACAUGAAUGAAACUGGGGGUUUUUUUUAAUAACAAUAAAAGAAAUAUUUAACUGUACAUCCGCGCCAGCUUAUCCUGUCCUCUAUCCUGUCCUUUAUCUUGUCCAUUUUUUUUUUUAAUAAAAGCUAUGAUUACCAUUACCAGAGAACAAGCCAUUUGUAUGUUCUAUCAUAAGCCAUAUGACAGGAAUAAUGCUGCUGAAUUGCUCAAAGAUGAUCCUUGCAAACCUUUUUUGCAGUAUCUAAACACUAUAUAUGCAGAUCCUUAUAAUAUUCACACGUACGUGGGGGAAAAUACACCUUCUGUUAAUAGCAAUGAAGUUCAAAAAAUAACAAAGAGGAUUGGUAAUAUUAUUUAAAAAAAAUUAAAUGUUU